AGCCAGCAAAGUAGCUUUCGACCGAAAUCUGCUGGUCGGCUCAGUUAGUUCAGCACUGGAACGGAUCGCGCGCGUAUGCUUUUUUCAGUUUCUCCUCCGUCGAGAGGGCUCUUGUUUUAGUGUUGUUUGUUAUUUAUUUUUUCGGUUGUUUUGAUGUGUGUACUUAGCGAAACGAUUCUGCUCGACAGAUGGAUCUUCCGAUUUGAUAGCUUGUUUCAAGUGCCAUUCUAGGGAUGUGUAUUUUAAGAAAAGCAACUGCUGGUGAGACGACUUGAUGAAAUGAAAUUGGUCGACCGCGGGACGACCGAGAUGAAGUAAGAACCGAAUCUAAUCAUGCUAAUGGCGAAAGAAGGAAAAUGAUUGAUUGCAAGAAUCAUAAACUUUUAGCGUAGUCAUAGUGUAGUGAUGGUAUGGAGAUUCGAUUCCCGUCCUGUUCUAUGAUGGGCGAGCCAAUGGAUAUCCAACCGGAUCGAAAUGGAAAAUUGUGACCAAUUUAGAGCCUGAUAGUUCAGAACAAGUGACGGAAACGUGAUUCUAUCCGAAAAUGAUCGUGAGUUUUUUAUCUGUGUUAGAGUUCUGAAUUCCUCUGAGUCCAAGCACAAAGGCAACAAUGUAGCAGUUUGAAUAAAGUGAAUAAGUGAAACGAAAAUCGAUAAUUCGAAGCACUAGUGUUAGUGUCCCGUUCCGCGAAUGCCAAUAUGUCACUGGUGAAAUCCCAACUCCCCGAUGGAUUCGCAACUAUUCGAACUCGUGGCCUAUCCCGAAGUAAAAGCCGCGCCGAACCUGUGUCGAACCGUCGCCGGUCCAGCAUCAUCAAAUCAGCUGGAUCGGGACCUCUGUUCGAAAACAACAACGAUCUUUACUACAAAAGUGCCUCGACGAGUCUAAUCUCCGUACCACCGCCGGUGCCUCCCCGAACCUCGUCGGAGUUAACGGUAAAUAGCUCCACCAAAGAUGACCUUUUACCGGGUAACGGACCCUACCGAGAUGACGACGACAUCUACUACACCUCAUCGUUGACCUACGAAACGUUCAAACCCCUAAAAAGCCCCAUCCUAGCGCUUAAAACCGAUUCGUCCAACUACAUCAACCUUGCCCAAUCCACGGACUACAUCGACAGCCUGAAUUAUGACUUCUCGUUGCCACCGCUGAAAAGCCCGCAGUACAUCAACGAAUUGAACCUGAUGCGAACUCGAGUCAUCGAAACGGCCGUCCCAACGAUCUACGCCCGCUCGGAAAGUCCGACCUAUGGAAAAGUUCGUGCCAGUUAUCGAUCCACAACUCCCGAAUCGUUGGACAAUGGUUCGUCAAACUCAUCUACCUACUCCCAUCCGGUUCAUCCAAGCGGAAAGUCUAACGGCUUCGGUUACGUUAUCCAGGACACAGAAAUGAUCACAACCAAGCCACCACUUAGUAAUAAGUCGCUUACCCUUCAGUACCGAAAGUCCUACAAUCACUCGAACUCCCGCACGGAAAUCAUCUACGAAGAACCAAAGAAGCUGUUGAAAAACGGUAGCCACUCGAGCGAUACGGAUUCUGGUUACGAUGGCAACUACCUGAAGAUACACAAGAACGCAAGCUCGGAACUGUUGAACCUGGAGGUUAGCACGAGUCAGCUGUCGAAUCGACCGAACGGAUACAUUCGAAGGUAUGCUACGUUGGGUCAUCCAUCGCGGCUUGCCAUGGGUAUUGGUAAUGGGAACUGUAACGGAGUGGCGAACUAUCAGCGGCUAGUGGAUGGGGAUAGUAAAUCGACGAGUUCGCUGAAUGAAAAGGAUUUAGCGAAGAUCGUGCUGCUGGAUUGCAAAAUCGGCUGUCAGACGACGCUGCGCAGUAAACCGGUUAUCCCGUGGUAUGAUUUAGCUAUCAGGAAGGAUCACCGUCAGAGCUGUCCGGUGGAUGAGGCACACGUCGUAGCGGCAUUCGAACAAAGCUUAGCCAACAUGACCCAGCGGCUGCAAAUGCUGACAGCAACGACGGAGAAGAAGGACAGCGAAAUUCUGGACAUGCGACAGACGAUUGAGCUGCUGCGGAAGCAAUCGAUCCAGGCUGGCCUAACUACCGCCCAUAUGCAGAGUAUGGGCGUACAAGUUAACGGGCAGGUCAAUGGAAAUGGAAACACAGAUCAGACAAUGACAGCGCCACCACUGCCACCGGGUGCGGAGAUUCAAAGGCACCAUAGCUCCGACUCUAUGUGCUCGUUGAAUUCAGUCAGCUCUGGCUGUUCGGCUCAGGACAAGAAGAAAAAGAAGGGAUGGCUCCGAAGCUCCUUCACCAAGGCCUUCUCCCGCAACGCCAAAAUCUCCAAAACCAACCGACACGUCAGUCAGUCUUCCAAUCUGGACACGACGACGGCGGCAGCGGGUAACGGACACACCCAUCACCAUCAUCACCACCAUCAUCAUCACCAUGCCAACAAUAACAACAACAACAAUAACACGAGCAACAGCGAUCAAAAGUCAUUGUCCGGUGGCAGCGGAAGCGACAAACAAUCGAUCGGAAAGAUGCACCCGAACGCACAAUUACCACCGCCGUCGCCUACUAAGAAUGGCAGCCCCCUUAAAACUGUCAUGUUGGUGGAGAAUGCUAAACCAAUCGAUGCCAUCGAGCUGAACGGUAAUCCGGUGGUGGAAGAUCUGAAGAAACAACUGCGCGAAAAAGACAUGGUGCUCACCGAUAUCCGACUGGAGGCGCUUAGCUCCGCCUCGCAGCUGGAAAAUCUUAAGGACACCCUAAUGAACAUGCGACAGGAGAUGAUGAGUCUCAAGCAAAGCAAUGAAAGACUGCAGCGAAUGAUGACUACCCGAUCGUUAGCCGGAAGCGAAGUAUCGUUAGGUCAGGUCAGCCCUAGUGGAUCAAUGGGAGAGCCUCGCCGAUACAGUCUAGCAGCGGAUAAUGGUAUGUCACGAACACCGCUAGAACUGCCGCAGAAUUUAGAUGAGACAGAGGAAGACAAUAUUCCUCCGGCGCCAGCGCCGGAACCUCCUCCAGCUCCGCUUAGUCCGGCGAUAAUAGCUGAACUAUCCCCCACAAUCGAGCGGGCAGCAAUGGUCAAUGAGAUGCUAACCACGCCAGCGGAGGAUGUGGCCGAUCCGGUUGAUGGCAAGAAAAUUGCCAUUGCCGUCUAUCUUGGACAGCCGGAAUCUUUCACCAAGUACGCGGAGGAGAUGAACGAAUGUGAUAACUAUUACCAUUCUUCGCCGGAAGGGGGAGAGAACGGAAAGUCGCUGACCGAGAAUGGUGACAAGAGUCGGAAAUCGUUCUCGGGUCCAUCCGAGGGAAACAAUUCUAGUCGGAAUGAGUUCACAUUUGCUUACACGUACAUCUCGGGAAAGACAACGUGGCAGAAUUUGGAUUACAUUGUGAGGAAGACUUUUAAGGAUUAUUUGGGAAAGAUUGAUCCCGGAACGAAUCUCGGGUUGAAUACGGAUUCGAUAACGUCCUACCAUUUGGGUGAGGCAAAACGUGGGCCCGAAAUGGGAUUCCCUGAACUGCUACCUUGUGGGUACAUAAUCGGAAAUGUUAGAACGCUGUAUAUUUGUCUGCAAGGCGUCGGCAGUCUAGCUUUCGAUAGUUUGAUCCUACGGAACAUAGUUCAUAGGUACAUUUCACUGCUAACUGAGCACAGACGGUUGAUUCUGUGUGGUCCUAGUGGAACCGGUAAAUCCUAUCUGGCGAGAAAGCUGGCAGAGUUUCUGGUGGCACGAUCCGGGCGGGAUAACCCAGCGGAAGCGAUAGCCACAUUCAACGUUGACCACAAAUCCUCCAAAGAACUGCAGCAGUACCUUGGUCACAUAGCCGAACAGGCAUCGAUGUCCGAGGGUGCCUCGGAGGAACUGCCAGCUGUGAUAAUUCUGGACAAUUUGCAUCACGCGUCCGCGCUCGGUGAUGUGUUCUCCUGCCUACUAAGUGCCACCGCUGCCAAGCUGCCGUGCAUUAUCGGAACGAUGUCGCAGGCAACCUGUAACACUACCAAUCUGCAGCUGCACCAUAAUUUCCGAUGGGUCCUCACCGCCAACCACAUGGAACCGGUGAAAGGCUUCCUCGGUCGUUACCUGCGUCGAAAACUGUUCACCAUGGAACUACAAACGCAGCAAUCCCAACCGCAGCUAGAAAAAGUCCUCAAGUGGCUUCCAAGCGUGUGGCAACACAUCAACAGCUUUCUCGAAACACACAACUCGAGCGAUGUGACCAUCGGUCCCCGCCUGUUCCUGUCCUGCCCGAUGAACCUCCAGGAUUCGCAGGUAUGGUUCACGGACGUCUGGAAUUAUCAUCUCGCACCCUACCUGGUGGAUGCCGUCCGGGAGGGUGUCCAACUGUACGGACGCCGAGGCGGAACCUGGGUCGAUCCAUGUACGUUCAUCCGCGAAACGUACCCGUGGCCGAUCGGACCGACAACGGUUCCCCAGCUGCGCCAAAUCACUGCCGAUGACGUGGGCCUGGAGGCGAGCGCGCCAGCCAACUCCGAAAAUCAGGACCCACUGCUGAAUAUGCUCAUGCGGCUGCAGGAAGCGGCCAACUAUAACGGUAACCAGGAGCCGGACUCCGACUGUGCCAGCUUGGAUUCGAACAUGACCCACGACAGCUCGGCUGGGGUUGAUUGAACGGGCGACAAACAGUAGGCUUUUGCCAGGGGAAAUUUUUUUACACUUUGAAGGGAGAGUAGCAAACAACACACACACACGGAGGCGAUUAUUAGAGAAGAUUAUACACCGAAAAUUAAAACUGAUAUUUACAGAACUUUUUUGGGCCACUUUUUAGCAGAACAGAAAAAAACGUAGUUAAAAUAGCGCAAGUGAUCAAUGAGGCGAAACGGAAGAGUUUCAUUUUGUGUUUGCUUGCCGGUAGGCAACGAAUUUUCCGAUACAUGGAACGAAUAAUUGAUUCGGAAAACCACGCCUAGCAAAUCGCUUGAAAAAUUAAAGUCUCACGAACUCAUUAUGGCUGGCCUCGGUUUACUCCUCCUUCACCAUCACCACCACCACCACCAACUCUCACCAAGCACUCAAUAAAUUGGAUAAAUUAAUAAAAGGCGAUAGAAAGUGUUUGGAGGAGAAACCAGAGGCGAAGUAUGAUCAAUAAUAAAUGCCGGGCAGCCCCGGCUGGGGGGGCUCCAGCAAUAACUACAAUAUAAUUAAAGCUAAUUGCGAUCCAAUAUCUGUCAAGUGCUGCGAGUGCUUUCAUCUGGGAAAAUAAUUAAAGGUGCAGAAGCGCAGCGGCGGUUCAAUUGAUUGCUUUCAUUUGGAGGAAUUAUUUUUGAAAAAUAUUCUUUUUUUUUGGGAAUGAGUGUUCGGAAAGGUCAUUCAAUAUUUAAUUCGAUUUUCAAAAAUUGAUUUAAUUCGUAAGAAUCAAUGAAUAGUUGAUUCGAUUCUCGAGAACUGUAUGGUUAAUUAUGAGGAAUAGUUUUCGAAAAUCGCUUCAUUGUAUCUUUUCCAGUUUUUAGCCUGAUUAGGAUAAUUUAUAACAUAGCAAAGUUAUAAAUUAUUGAUGAUAGAGAAGCUUGGUAAAAGGAAACUGAGCUGUAUCCGUGAGUCGCAUUGCAUUCCCCUGCGAAUUCCCUAACCUAAAUAGGUUUCCUGGUAGUAUGCAUUUAGGCGUUUGUUCUGUACGUUUCUAUUGUUCCAGACGCUUUCACAAUGCUUGGUCAUGUGGAUUGACAUAUAUCGGAAUUGUCUCUCACCAUAAGAAUUAAUGAAAGAUUGCGCUUGUGACCUUCGUAUAACUUUAAUGUACCGAAAAAUGCAUUCCAAUUUUUUUUAAAACUUUAAAAAAAUAUGCUUCUAAUCGAAUGCGAAUUUGGAAACUGUCAUGAUUGCUUGUAGAUCCAUAUAAGUCCAAUUAUGAAAACCAGGAAAAAACAAGCCGAGAACUAUGCUGUUAAAAAUUUACUUUUUCUUCGAGUGUUAUUGCACGGAAAAAAGUUCGUGCAUAAAUUCAUGAGCAAAAGAUCACGAUAUCGUGAACUGAGUGAUUUACGAAUAUCGUGACCAAGUUCCCGAAAUUGUGAAUAAGAAACCUCGUGUUCAUGAAACUAUUUGUGUUUCCAAAAAAACUAGUUCGCCCCGGUGUUACAUUCGAAUGUUUGGUUGGGUAACUGUUGUUUCCUGGGCAGGUUUUUUUAUGAUACUUAUUCAUAAUUUGGGAAUACAAAGCCGACAGUCAAACGAUGUUCAUGAUUUCAGGAGCGUAUUCACGUUUGUUUUGCGAUUUAUCAUCACACUACCGUGCUAUUUAAGUCAUGAGUUUACUAUCGGAGGUUUCUGUCAGACUGGCGGGAUUUAUGCUCAUAAUUUCAGGAUCUUAGUCGCGAAUUUCGUAAUUUCUAUUGACGUUAUCGUCAUAUUUUAAUUUUUGAUUUUUGUUAUUUUAAUCACAAGUAAUGUGAUUUAUCUUCAUGAUUUCAGUAACUUGGUCAUAUUUUUUGUAAUUUCUAUUCACGUUGCCGUGAUACUUGAGUUACGAGUAAAGAUUUAUGUUUAUUUUUGUUCUUGCGUUCAGGAUCUUAGUUACGAUUUUUGACACUUAUGUCACGAGUUGUGUGAUUUAUGUUCAUGAAUUCAAGUUCACGUUAUCGUGAACGAAUGGGACUGUUAUGUUUAUGGGGGAGUUGAUACAGGGAUAGCAGGCCAUUGUUUUGAUAAAUCGGUGUGCAACGUUAGUAAAAAUCUGUACGUCGUGUUUAUUUUCCAGCAAGUGGUCAAUUAAUUUAUUGAAUUGAAAAUGUAUUUUACAUAGCAUGUAUAAAGUCAAACUCUGCAAGAAACUAACUCUAUAUUCAAUUUAAAUUUAUAUGUAAAAUCGUUAUUCAUUCAUUGUCAAAUUUUCUCAGGAUUUGGAUAAAUGCUCAGGAAUAACGGUAUUCAACCGAUAAAUUUAAAAUAAUCUUUUUGGGACUCGACAAUAUCCUGUGCUUGAUUCUAAUGGAAUCUUUCUCAAAUUCUGACGUCGCGUUAUUUACGGGUUUUUUAUAGAAUCUUGCAAUGGAUUUCUGCACAGGAUCAUGGCCAAAGAUUGAUUCGGCGCAGGUUUUUGAAAUAGAAUCCAUACUGAAUUCAUCCAGUUUUUCGAACCGAUUUCCAAAUUAUCCUGCUCUCAACACAGACCGUUUCCUAUUCUAAUAUGGCUUUGUUCAGAAUUCUGACUGAACCUGUUCAUGAUAAAUAUCACGAUUUUUGUAUAAGACAAGCCACUGCGACUAUUAUUUAGAUCUUCUGCGGUAAUAGCAUCCAUCUCAGAAUUCUGAUGAAUCAAUAUAACAAUAAAUAUUGAGAAUUAAAUCUAAAUAAUGUAUCCCAAAUAAGACAACACCAAAGUUUUGAGCAGUCAGAAUUCUGAGCAAAAUUUUUAUUAGGAAUCCAAUAAAAAUAUGAGUAGAAUUCAGUCAGUAUUCAAAGCGAUGUUUCGGCAAAACUUAGAACAGACAGGAUUCCCUCAGGUUGCUAAGCACGAUUCCAAAGGAAUCUCUUAUCGGGUUCCCUUAACAUCCUGAGAAUCACAGGAAAGAUUACGGCCAACAUACCUUCAAAAUACUGCAUUUCACAAACACCAGAGAAGAAAACCUACACUUCUCAUACCCUUUGUCCGCUUUCACCGGUUUACGGGGACGAGAAAUAUGAAAACAACGUCAGCGUGUCAUUCAAGAAUCCUCUCUUUCUGUUUAAAUCACACAACGAACAGAUGUCGGUUAAAUCCUGUAGGUAUCCGUCAAAAAGGAAAGGCGUCGUCCUUGUAAUUUGAUAUUGUCGUCAUUAAAAUAGAGGAGGAAUAUGACUGUGCCGAGGUGGCUUCCUUGCGAAAUGCCCGAUAUAGUAAGAUAUGGUGCAGAUAGAUAGUCCUAAACGCUGAUUUGGAGUGCCUUCCAUCGAGUUAGGAACGAAACCAGUGAAGUUUGACUGUUGCGAUUUUGCCAAAUUCCUUGAGUAGAUUCAUGUGCAUAGCAUCAGUUUGCUUGCAGUCUGUCGGCGCAUCUAUCUAGUGCAUUUGUUGUGAAUGAGAGCCGGUUCUUUUUGUUUUUCACAGGGGAAACUUUGCCACUGCGACCACUAUUCAGGUUGUCUUUUGUGGCUGCUUCUGAUUGCUCUACAAGUUAGAAAUCGCCCGAAUCCAAUGAAGUUGUUUGUUAGGCUACACGUGCUGCCCCAACUCGCUUCUUAAAUUAUUGGUCCGUAGAGUUCCGAAUCAGUCAGCUGACCCUUUCUGUAACCAUCCCUAUAGAAUGAUAUUGUACCUUGAGGUAGUAUGGGACUCCCUACAUCCCAUAUCUGACGAUCCACUAUGUGGACCACAUAUGAGAUGUCGAAGUUCGGCUUAGCCUCCAUUUUAUCUUGAACUGUGGUGUUGUAUUUUAUAAACAAGCUCACGGCUAGCUGCCCAAUGUACGGGCAUCACUUACAUGGGGAUCUCAAAAGAUCCAGUAUUUAACGUCAUUUUUUAUUGUAGGUAAUGCCUUAAAAGGCUGGCCGGUAGUACAUUGGUACUGUGUGGGACUCACGACUCACGACUUAUUAUUUUAUCGCCCUUCUUCCCCACGGAAGACUUCUUUCUUCUGCUCUAUCUCGGAGCCUCAAUUGGUCCGUGAAAUGACUCCACCAUUGAGCUUUGAUUUCACUCUCGACUCUGUUAUUACUUCUUGUAUCCAUCUAUUGCGUCGCCAUUUAGCUCUCGUCCCAAUAAAUCGUUUAGAAGCUGCUUCCAUGAAUUAUUCAGCUCCUGUUUCCAUGAGUCAUUCAGCUUUCAGUCUUAUCACGGUCUACACGGAUAGACUCUUCCUACUUCGACUGAGAGUUGCCCGACGGAGGAAUUUCUCCCGACAACCGAUACCCGCUUUUUAAGCCAUCUAGCUUUCCGCUUUGUCCCGAUCUACUCGAUCUAGUCUCCAGCGGGCCAGCCAGUAGGUGCUGAGUUCUGUCCAGGUGUCAAGGUCGGUUCAGCGAACCCGGUGAUAUGUCGCAUGCUACUCAACUAGUCCACGGUCGUGGACCUAGUCUACGCCGAUGGAGAGUUUGAUAUCAUCUGAGUACGAAUAUGGUGCAUGAGAAACCAGGGGAACUGGUGCAGACUUACCAUUGUACAUAGCUGCUUCCGAGUAGAGGUGUGCGCCACACCGCCGCCGCCGCCGAUUGCAUGAAAAAAUAGUAAGCACAUCGGCGUGACGCCGGCGCGCCGCCGACCUUUACCUGAAAUCAGCGGCGCGGCGCACACCUCUACUUCCGAGCCGAUCAAAGCCACCAGCCGCGUAGAAGGAAGGUCACAUGGACAAGUGUGUGAAGAUAUUCUUAGUUACAGCCUGCUUCGUCUCCUUCGUUGACUAACGUGAACAGUGUUGAUAUUCUCGUACGAGGAGUGUCCGUCGCACACUUUUCCACAGAACGUUCACUCACAACUACUAUUGAAUACUUUAAGGUGACGUCACAAGUGAACUCGAGUGCUAAUUUUUGACAGUUCGCUUGUACUUUUUACAUGUACUUAGAAAAAUUCUUUGCGUUUUUCUUCGAGCGAAUCUAGUCGUCCACAAAAUUAGAAUCAGCUGCACUAGCGUUUAUCCUGCUGAAUCCGAACGAAGAUUCAAAAACUGAACGCCAGCACAGCUCCUGCCUCAAUCAUCGCUGUAUCGUGUUUGAUGCUGAGAAGCCGUUUGAGACUCAACUGAUAUUUGCUACAAGUUGACAUCCGAUCACUCUUCGAUCUUGCUGGUCCUAACAUCGACAUCGUUCUUCGCUUUUAGUCCUCAUACGAACACUAGGAACUUAAAUUGCUCUUCGGUUAACUUACCGAGACCGCACAUGCAGCCAUUCUUGACAUAAAGGGAGCUUUCGACGAUGCUUCUCAUAGCUAAAUGCGAAACGCUAUGGGAAACAUGGGUUCGAGAUUUACCCAAUAAGGUGGAUCAACUCAAUUUUUAUAAACCGUGAAAUAACUACCACGCUUGGAAGCGCGACACUGCCUAAGAAAACAAAGAAGAGAUGUCCUUAAGGCGGAGUUCUGUCACCCUUACUGUGAUUGCUGGGAUACUAAGUGAUUGGAUUUGUAGACGAUGUCGUUAUCCUUGUGUGGGGAAAAAUUUACAUUGGUAUCUGCAAUAGAAUGCAAUCUACAUUAAACUUCCUUUCGCAGAGAUGUAAGAAUGCAAUUUUAAACGUAAAUCCAUCUAAAGCAAUCAUAAUAUCAUACCAUUUACUCGAAAAAGGAAAUAUUUCAUCCAGGGUCAGUAAUUCUGUACACAGAUAGGUUCAAAACGAACUAUUUGAUGGGAUCUGGUAUUACAGGACCAGGAAUAAAUGUUAAAUGUUGCCGCCAGUGUUUCAAGGAGAAAUGUAUGUCUAAAGAGCAGUUACCAGUAUGCAAAUUUCUGCUUUUUCUCAGAUAGGCUGCACUUGAUGCAUUAAGGGCUCCUACAUAUAGUUCAAAACUACUAUACGAGUGAAUACUUGCGCUCCGACAAUUGGCGGAGUAAAAUCAUAGCAAUUUAUGCUGGGUUCUAGGACAAGGUAGAGUUGCAGGGAAUGAAAUAGCCGAUGCGUUAGCAAGAAGAGUGUCCUUCACUGAUUUUAUUGGCCCAGAGCCAUUUUGUGGAGUCACAUCGAGUGCUCUCAAAAUCUAACUGAAGAAGUGGGAAAUCAUUGCUCCAUAACUGGACUACGAAUUAUAGUCCUAGAAACUGCGCGUACGAUACUUUCGAUGAGUUACUCUGGGAAGUCAUCGUAGCCUGAUUUAUGUCACGACGGGAGGUGUAUAUACCAUUGUUGAUGCUGUGCCCUAUUGCCAUUGAGAAUUGUUGAAAUCAUUGGAUUCCGGGAGAAGAUGUAUGUUUUCAACUGUAGACAUCAUGGGGUACUUGCUCCAUUUCACGCCAGCAGUGAGGUUGGUAUAAGGAGGAAUUGAAGGUACGAUCUGGUUGGAACCUCUCGCCCAUUUCCAGUGAUACCGGCUCCCGUGUCUCUUGAAUAGCUUAACAAGAUUUGUUUCGUAGUUCGUUUAGGUCCCAUCGAAUAGCAAGGGUUUGCUCUCAUUGGCAUACAUCUACGUCUUCUGAGACUACUGUGGCAUAAGAGGAAUUGGUCCAAACAUUCUCUAUCGUCUAGUCCCGAAAACUUUGAUUUCUCCGAUACUUCUCCAGAUGGACCCGCUUCGGGUAUGGACUAUGUCCUGGUUGUCAAAGACUUAGUUUUCGAGCUAGCAUAGUCGAUCAUCCGAGUUUCUAAAACGUAAUGGGUGCCACGAGUAUCCAGGAAUCGGGAUAAGACUGUAUUUGGAGAUUUGCUGAGCACGGUAUACUAUUUUACAGGCGCACCACUGAGGAACACGAGCUCACCAGAGACGCUGUUUCAAGACAAUUUCCUAGUAAUUAGUGAGUGGUCUUCUUGCCUUGUUGACCACUGGAGAUGCUAUAUAUUCUACCUGAUAGGUGCUUUUCGGGUGCUACUUGAUGCGAAAUUGUCGACAAACAUUGGUCCUUCAUCAUGCGAUAUAAGAGAUAUAGUGGAACCGAAGGCACGCUAUACACUAGACUGGUUCAAUUUUGGACUUUUAACUCCACCAAGCUCUACUGAUUCCUUUUAUGGCCCUUAGCAAUUGUUCAAAUUUUGGUACCGAUUGGUUGUGUCUACGGACCCUCCAAAAAGUUUAUGUGGAAAUUAGUAUGGGAGAUCGGUUACCCUUUGAAAAUAAAUUCUUAAAAAAUCACCAUAAAAAUGUGACUGAUUAGCUAGCAGCUGGAUAGUUCAUGAAAAAGUUCAAUGAACAAAAAUGAUUCCAUGAGUAAUACUCCAAAUUUCGUGAAAUAGUGAAAAUUUCAUGGAAAAUAAUUACGAAUAUUUUUUAAAUAUCACAAGCAUGCAAAAUAGAUCGUAAAUCAUGUACCAGGAAUCAUGAGCUAGCUCACGAAUACAUAAAUAAUAUUUUAUGAUUUUAUGAACUAUUUCACUAGCACGGAUAUUGAAUCAUGGCUAAUAUAUUAGGGAUUAUGAAUCAGUUCACGAGGAUUGAAUUGAUUCGUGAAUAAAAUUCUGAGUUUCGUGAAAUAAUUCACGAGAAAAUAUCCGGAAUGUUUUGGUUUUGUGAACUGUUCCUGAAUCUAUGACUAACAUUAUGAGUCAGCCAUUGGUUUUAUGAAUAAUGUUCAUAUAGUUGUGAACUAAUUUACGUACAGAAAAUCGAUUUGGUAAUGACAUGGCGGAAACAGGAAAUUGAAUAUAAUUGUAAAACACACGAUUUUUGUUCAUGCUUGUUUUCGUAACGUAAAAACGUGAUUAUUCCAGAAUUCAUGGUACUUUAUUCACAAUUUUGGGAACAUUUUUUUCCACGAAAAGUCUUUCUAAUAUUUACGAGCAUCUUUCGUGAUAUAAAUGAUUUUUUUUCAAAGAAUCCCCAAAAUAAAAAUGAGCAAAAAAUUCAUAUCACUGAACAAAUUUAUUCGUAAAUCUGCAAUGAAUAUGGUUCAUCUGCGGAUUCGAGCAUUUUCAUAGUUUGUUCCAUUCAUUUCACGAAACAAAAACAUGGCGACUUAAUGAAUGAUAAACUUGCACAAGACACGACAACGAUUACGGAAUUUCUAGCGAACACCAUGUGCGAAUUUCAGAUUUCACCAUCACAUGUGAAACAAAAUGUGACAAAAUGUACAGUGGAUCGGAGCAAAUGAAUGAGGACAAUUUCAUAAUGAUACGCAUUUUGGAUUCAACUGAUUUUCCAUUAUUGAAAAAUCACAAAAUUAUUAUUGAACCGAUUAAUAAUUAUGCAAUGUUGAUAUAAUUCACAAGCGGUAAUAUUAUUGGCAGAGGUAUAUAACUGAUCACUAACAAACUUAAACGUAAAUCAAGUUAAUAGAAGGAUUUUUUGAAUUCAAUUCAUUUCCAUAAUGUUUUCGUUCUAUGUCUUGUGAUGGAGAAUCCUAUGAAAUGAUUCGAAUCUUGGCGGCACGGCUCAUACACACGAUAUGAUCCAGCAACUCGCAACUUCGCUAUUGAUGCACCAUCGUCACUUAUAACCGCGAAAAACAAAAUUCUUCCACUACACAUAGACAAACGCUCCCCAUGCGUAGCUCAUGUCAAAUGAGAGAUGUAACAACUAUCCUACUAGCAGCAGCAGCAGCGAUAAUCUUACUCGUUCUGCUAGCAUGUCAAUGAAGAAGUGUCUGUUAGAGAAAGCAAAUGUGUGAAAAUUGUAUAUAUUUUCCCUAUUUUUUUGGAGAUUUACGGAUUUUUAACAUAAUUUUUUAUAUUAUACGAAUCGAUCCGGUAAAAUUUAGUUUGUUUAUUGAAAUUCCUGCUAUUAACGAAAUAGAUUCGUAAUCAACCCAAGAAAAUUGUUUUGCGAUAUGAACCCAGUGUAAUCUCCAUGCCCUCCCGGUUAAAUCGGUAAGCUCAAGACCGUAAAUCGUCCUACCGUGGAUUAAAGCUAUUCUAAUAUUGAGUUUGGUCGUGCGAUUAGAUCGGGGAUUCUGAUACUGGCCCGCACACGAAAGCGUUAAUGCCGGUCGUGGCGUAAACAAACCGCAUUCAUUGUCGUCGUUUGUGAUUAAAAAUAUUGAAUAGAUUAAAAAUAUUAAAAAGUGUAAAAUAAGAAAAGAGAAGCUGUACCGCUCGCGUCUGGUAGCUGUACUGGGGGCAGUAUUUUUUGUCAUGUUACUGCUUUGCUUACAGACUACCGUACAGCGCUGGGCGUCCUGCAGUAGCGAACGACAGUAGCGUUGAAAGAGAAAUGAGAAUGUAGGCAGAAAAAUUACAGCCGCCGAAAAGGUAGGCAUUUUGCAUCCUUGGUUUCGUGGAACGCGUAGUCAGUAUGUCGGACAAUCACGUGCACAGUGAGGAACACCACCACAGAGCAGGCAUUUUCCAACCUCAUACGUGCAUGUGUUCUCGUUGUGUGCUUCUCCGCACUUUGAGCACUUCACUUUGUUGCAGCAGUACGUACUUGUGUGAACCAGCUUUUUGCAAUUAGUGCAAACUAACUCGGCUUUGUAAGCGCUGCAUUGGGGAGGUACAUGGAAGAUGAGACAAGCUUCAAUUGUACUCACACCAACUCUAUCUGCACUGUUGAUUUUUAUCCGUCCGUAUAUAUAGCUUUCGGUGGUCGUUCGGUGUGAUAUACUUAAUCCAGGCUACACUCUAUGGUAGGACUCGGUAGGACGCCGGCUUUGAUUGUACGUGUCAGAAUAAUGUUUAUGUUUAUCACCAGCCUGGAUCAGGCAUGUCUUUUGGUCCUACUGGGUCACUUGCGCCAGAGAUCAUUUACAAGAAGAUAUCUGACUUAACACGGCAGUAGGAUUGAGGCCAUAUAGAAGUGAACAGUGGAUCUAAUAGUUUUCAUGGCCUUUCAGUUACGGCCGGUAAGUUCAAGACUUUGAAUCAUCUUACUGAGGAUUAGAGCUCAACUAAUACUGGCUUUUGACUUCCUACAUUGAACUGCAGCAGAAACCAGAUUAAUAUCAUCUACGUAUACGAAAAUGAGAAUACCGGCUGGUAGACAAGCAAAUAAUGAAUUCAUCCUCACCAGGACGAUGGUAAUCACUAAAAUCGAGCCUCCCGGAACUCCAUAAAAUUCCAUCAAGUUUGCAUUACGACUUCGUCUCUUAAGAACCAUGGCACUUGAUUAUAGAGCCAGGUGGAUACUAGUCGAAACUCCUGGACUUUGGUUUUGUGCCCUUUAUGUACCAAGUGGUUUUCAACCAUUUUUUCCUUAGGAAGCUACAUUGCAUAUCUCUGAAAAGUAUCUGAAGUACAUCCACCAAUUCCUAUCUGGAAAAACCAGUUAGAUAGCAAAUGUUGAACGAAGAGCCCACUGAUGCCUCAUCCCUUAAUCUGCUUGAGGACUCCCUCGCGCCAGGUUGUAGGCUUUGAUACGUUGACGAUGGUGAUAUUUUCUUUCGAAGGGGGUAAUGUCGUGGCCUUUACGAAGGAUACCAGGUACGCACCAUCUCUGCACUCUUGCGGAAUGCGAACUGUCUCACACCAAACACGGUUUAAUUAUUUAGUAAUGUAGUUGGUCUUUGGUUUACCAUACGUCCCAUUACUUUGAUCGGACAGGAAAGUAGGCUUGUCGAAAGUCGCUUGGGGUGACAGGUCUCUUGCUGUUGGGGAUAGGUAUAAGGCAAGACACGCCAACCCACUAAUGGGAGGUGUCCCAACAAGUAGUAACCGAUUUCAUCGACACUUCAGAACAUGCCGUUAGCAUGAUGUAGUCCUGAUUGAAAUUUGGCGAAGAUUUGAAUUCUUCAACUGCGAUCCUGCCGAGAUUCCUUGGGCGGCGCUAAUAUAUUGAGAACUCUUCCCAAUUCGGGUUAUUUCGCGGAGAUUUUCUAAGUUGCCGAAAAUUGGUCCAGCAGCAACGUCAGGAUUCCAGCAUUAGACGGCCGUGAAUGGGGAUUUCUUGGUCCUAGAAGCUGAGGGUACGUUGUUUUUCUUGAGACCUUCUGGGAAACAGUUGCGGUCUGAGUGUAUGUAUUUGUCAACUUCGUCCUCAAAAGCUAGUCAAUUGGCUUGCAAAUAUACCCAAUCUACCACUUCCUUAUUUUGGUAAGCAGGUGGUAAGCAGGACAGGGUUGUAUGUGAUCAGUGUAGGGUUGUGACCACUAUUGAGUUUGUCGGAUAGGACGAUUCGUUCAAGGGAUCCAGAAAACGUGCUAGCAAAGGCGGACUAAUGAAGGUUGUCCUCGGAAGUUCUUGAGAAUUUCUGAGAUCAUUGGUUCCUUGAGGAAGCUACAAUUCAUAGAAUAUUUGAGUCGUUUCGCGACAGCAAUGAGGUUGAUGUUGAUAACGAUUGAUUCAGGUUGAAGGUCCGAUUUGAUGCCGAGACCAAUGGUCUGCUAUAGGUUGGAAUCUCGGGCCCGUUCCCAGUAAUAUUGACUUCCAAACCAGAGACGCUUGUCUGUGUUGACGUUAGUGUGUGUAUCUUGGGUUACUGAGCAGAUGGGGUGGGUGUACUGGGCGUCGAAGUUUUAGAGGCCCUUAAGGUUGUUUCGCAAUCCAUUAACGUGGCAUUGUAGCUAAGGUUUGUCCACCUUGACCUACAUCUACAUCUUCUGAAGCUACUGGGGGAUCAGAGAAGUUGGUCUAAGCAUUCUCGAUCGUCUGGUCCCGAAGACUCGUGUUUCUCACUGUGAUAUUCACUGGUACUUUUCCAGAGGAAGCCACUGCGGGGGCGGGCUGUGUGCUGGUUAUCAAAGACUGAAUCUCCAAACCAACAUACUCUUCUUCAACAAGUUUGUUCUUGGGGUCUCUAAAACGGAAUGGGUGCCAGCGCAAUAAUGGCAGGAACUGCCGUGAGCCACGAUGUCCUCAUCCAGCAACGACCAGUAGACAUAGCUACGCGCAAUUGCCUUCAUACACUGUAGUCCUGGAUAACUUCGGCAGUGAAGAUAACGCAGACAACGCUUCCGGAAGCUCGCCGGGAUCACUAGUCGCUCGACAAACAUGAUUCAACUUUAUACGGUCCAUUGGGAAUUUUGGCGAUCGUAGAAGCAUUUAAUCUAUAACCGUGUGAUAGUAGAACAACAUACUUGAAUAAAGCGGUCGAUGUUUCCGACAUUUGAGAGUAAUGUGCUGCCUGAUGAAGCAUCUUGAAGCUAAGUGAGAGCGCAUCCGUCGAACUUGUUGCUAGAGCCAUGACGUCCUUUUCCAGCAAACCACUAGCCACCACAAAGUGCUCUUCCAGCUUGACUUGGUGCUCAAUCAGCUGCGAUCCCGAAUCUAUCUAAUUCAUCAGUAGCUGUAGCGUUCAUCGUUGUAGUCGAUUAGCUGUGCAAACGGGAAUUCCUUUCUUCGAUUCGGAUAGCCGAAGUAACGUAGCAUGAUCCGUCUGCAACGUAAAUUUUUAACCAUCUUAUAGAAUUUGGUACGGCGAAUAUUAUCGCCAGUCCUUUGCAACCGGGUUGGCUGUAGUCAACACUUUGGAUGCAUGCUGGGCACCUUUGAUCGAUACGUCCGGGAAUUUGUGGUUUAGCGUAGCUUCGACACCGAUAGAAGAUGCAUCCGCCGACACAAUGAUUUCCAGUGUCGGAUUAUAGUGCGUAAGUAGCAAAUCUAACAACAGGAUCUUUUUGAAGUUCACGAAGGUUUGUUGACAUUCGGACGACCGGGCGAACUUCUAUCUAUUCGUGAGAAGCUCGUCGAGUGGAUACCUAAGCGUUCGAUUCCUCAAACGUCCGUUGGAGCUGGUAUGUCACGGAUCACAUUUGUUUUGGCCGGAUCCAAACGUAGACCAUGUUUAUCGAUAAGGUCACCAACGUAUUUGAUUUGCUGCUGGUCAAACAAAAACUUCUCCACUUUGAUGGUGAAUCCAUACACUAGCAGUCGACGGGGAACCUUGUUGGUCUACACAACCAACUAAGACAUCGACGAGCCUGGUGUGCACUUCAGGCCCUAUUUUGACUCCCGGCGGAAGUAGGUUGUUGCGAUAGAGCCGCCUACACAUCAACCUGUAGAAAUUCGUCAGAGGGAUCGAUUUGAGGGUAAUGGUGCAGCUGCAGCGCGUCACUUAACCCUGUUGACUAAUCACCGCAAACCCUCACUGCUCCGCUUGCAUUUCUCACGUUAACUACCGGAGCUGCGCACUCCGAGUACUGAACUCGGAAGUUAUGAUCCUAGGAUUAUCCAAACGACCCAUCUCUUCAUCGACAGUCUUAUACAUCGAAUACGAUACUGGUAUCUUCCGUCAGAACACAAGCUUUAGUCCUUCCUAUAAUGUGCGGUGCACCUUUAGCUUAGUACACACUGCUUGAGGAGGCUGAUCACUGUAGAUGAAAUGUUGACAUGAUUGUAGAAACGAUCCUCUGGUAUCUACCAGAGGUUGAAUUGAUCGAUGAGAUCCAACCCAAGUAAAUUGAGCUGUUGUUUCACUACAUAAAACGGUCCUGACGCUUCAUCUCGUUGUUGGGAAUUUCGCACGCACACUCAAACUCCAAUUUGAGCGGCUUUCUGGAUGCAGUUGAAGCUUCGAUCGUCACUAGACUUGAUGUAGGUCAACCGAUCUGACGCCGGGUUUUCUCGGAAAUGAUAAUCAUGUCCGAUGCCGUAUCGAGCUAUAGGCUGAUCUGUUUACUUGCACUUUCACGAAUCAUCUUCAUUUCUUCACAUCCUCGUCCAAAACAGUUUUGUUUCCUAUCCUUCUAGAUGAACUCCGUUUGUAUGAACUUCGUGGGCUUUUUUUUCUUUGCGCUGGUACGGUACCCGUCCUUGUGGCCAACUUGCUUGCAACCCCGGCAUUGAUCCUUGGAGUAAUGCAUGGAAGUUGGCGAAUCAGCUCCACUACCGUUUAUCCUGCUGAAUCCGAACGAACGAUUCUUAACUUGAAUUGCUCUUCGGUUAACUUAUCGAGUUCGCCCUUGCAGCCUUUCUUGACAUAGAGGGAGCUUUCGACGAUGCUUAUCAUAACUCUAUGCGGAACGCUAUGGGUAACAUGGGUUCAAGAUUUACCCAAUAAAAUGGAUCAAUGCUUAUAAACCGUAAAAUAACUACCACGCUUGGAAACACGACACUGGCUAGGAAAACACACAAGGGAUGCCCUCAAGGCGAAGCUCUGUCGCCCUUACUGUGGUUAUUGAUUGUAGAUGAGCUAUUUAAAUUACUAUCUGCAAUGUGAUAGUAAGUGAUUGGAUUUGGAGACGAUGUCGUUAUCCUCGUAUGAGGAAAAUUUGACAAUACUAUCUCGAAUGGAAUGCAAUCUGCAUUAAACUUCACUUCGCAGUGGUGUAAGAAUGAAGGCUUAAACGUAAAUUUUUCUAUAACGAUCAUAAUCCCAUUUACUCGAAAAAGACAAUAUUUCAUAACAACGCUUUUGCUAGACGGUAAAAUAAUAGAAAUGUUUGCAGAAGCAAAGUAGUUAGGUUUAAAACUAGAUAAAACACUGAAAUGCACUUCAAACAAGGCAGCUAAUGCUGUUUGGGUAUGCAGUAGAAAAAUCGUUUAAAAAUGGGGUCUCAAACCAAGUAUGGUUUACUGGCAUGCUCCACAAUUAUCGAACCAAGAAUAACAAAUGCCUCGCUGGUUUGGUGGCCUAAAAGAGUAUCAACUCAAAAGAAGCCAGGAAAACAUCAAAGCGCAUUGAAAAUAAGUCUUCAUAAACAACUAUUAUUUGGAGAACCUGCCGAAUUUGUAACUUCCCAGAAAAUUACCGAGACUAAACGAUCAACCUGGGAACAAUGUGACACUAGUCUCCAUCCAGGCUCAGUAAAUUUCUACACAGGUAGGUUCAAAACAAAAAUUGGGUAAUAAUCCCGAAGACUCCCCAUCAGACGCACCACUGAGAGACACCGACUGAUCGGAGACGCUGUUCCAGGGCAAUUCAGAAUUUCUGGUAAUCAGUGAGUGCGGUCUUCUUGUUUUGUUGACCACUGUAGCUUCUACAUAUUCUGCCUGAUUGUGUGCUAUGUUAUCAGUUCCAGAGGUGCUUUUUGGGUGCUGUCCGAUGCGAGUAUGUCGCCAAACACCGGUCCUAUACCGUGCGAUUCAGAGAUAAGUGCGGCCCAGCGUUUUUAUAUCAGGUCCUAUUCCAAGAUUACCGGAAGGCUCCAGCUCAUCAUUAGGUUAUGGUAGUAAUGAUGUGGAUGUCUCCCCAUGUACCCUUGGCUUGUAGAAAUUUCUCAUCGCUCAUGUCGAUACGGUACUGGACGGAUAGCCUUCCUGCAGGGUAUAGUUCAGAUAGUGUAAACAGCUGUAUGCCUCAAGCUGCUGGAACAUAUUGCUUGCCAUACCAUACAUAUUACUUUCGAUCCCAGAUUUAGUUUGGAAGGGAUUUUGAGCCCUUCCCGUCAUCCAUCAAUAUCAUGCAUCCGGUCGCUGCAAAAUUCCUGAAUUAAUUUUCAUCAUACUUUUUACAGCACGUUGCUAAUGGUCUGCACUUUGGCGCUUUCCGCUUUUUAUAGGUCUCCAAAUUGUUGCAUUCCUCAAUACGUUGGAUCAUUUCGGCGCUGGUUUCCGCUUUAAUGGCCGAAUCACGUGUCGACAUUGAUUUAUUCUUCCUAAUUAGAGAUACCACUUUCUGGUCCUGUUUCAGGUUCAGGUUUUGUUCUUUCUGGCAGUUAAUCCAAAGAAAAUUACUCCCAAAAUUUGGUUGUGAUGGAUUUUACACUCGCGUGGUGAAUUUCUAAGGGAUAGCCACAGCCUUUCACUUUACCAUGUGCCCAAAAACCUUAAUUUUCACUUUAACUUCAAUGCGAGACCUUUUUGGAAACGAAAAAUAUAAACCGUUCAAAAAAGUAAACAAACGAAAGAUGACAGUCGAUCGCACAGCAUGCUGUGAUGAGUACAUUAGAAUCAUCCCAAAUACGUACGUACAACGUAAAUGUAUGAGCAUAACUUAUUUCCGAUUCAGUCCUUAUUGGAAAUGUUUCUGACUUAUGACAACUUUUCAACCGAAAAGAUCAGCUUUUACAGAAUACCUCUCUAUAUGCUGAAAGUUAUGCUAAUAGAAUUUUUGUACUGAUUUAGAAAUGUGUAUUAUCUGAUGUAAGCGGGUGACAUACUGCGGAAAGUCCUGCGUAUGUAUGUAAGUUAUGUUCAACAUUGUUGGCUAAAACACCGACUGUUAGCCAAUCAGAAGAAUUCGAGGAUUGUUACUGUCAUGAAACUGCACGCCCGUUAAAAAAGUGCCCAGCGUUUGACCGACGUGGAUCGCAAUUACCAUCAUAUGAAAAAUAAUCGAAACCGGAAACAAUAAUUAACUGGUAGAGUAAAAAGAAAAACUUCCCAAAAAUGAAAACAUAAAAACCAAUAUUUGUACAGAAUCGCCCCUCUCCAAAUCAGUGUCAGACGCUAUUUUUGAAACCCCAAAAAGAAAAAAAACAACAACAAAAACAGAACCUUUAUACAACUGUAGUAAAUGUGAGGGUAGAUUAGAUGCGAAAAAUAAAA